AUGGCCAUUGCCAUCUUCCUCGUCGCUCUUCUUCAGUGCCUACCGAUUGAGGCCAACUGGGAUCCCCUCGUACGGGCGUCUGCACGAUGCGUCGACAACUCUUUCCACGUAUCGAUCUCCUGCCUCAAUGUCUUGAUGGAUCUUCUUGUUCUGUUGCUGCCGUUCUGGAUUUUCUUGGGCUUGAAUAUGCCGAUGGGCGCAAAGAUUGCCGUCAUUUGCGUCUUUUUGGUUGGUGCAGUCGUUACGAUUGUCGCAAUCAUCCGUCUUGUUGCGAUCUACAAGCUCUUCUACGUGCCUCCGGACCCCAACAAGGACCCCUUCUACGAUAUCGGAGUCGUCUACAACACGGUUGAAGUGAAUCUCGCCAUCGUCUCAGCUUCCGCCCCGGCUCUGCGCCCCAUGUUCCGCAAGUGGUGGCCGAAGCUAUUUGGUGCUAUCAGCUCCGGCAAGACCGGCAGCAGCGGGCUGAAGUACUAUGGCAACUCCUCCCGGCCUCGCAAUACGGUCCGAGAAGGCGACAAUAUCACGCUGAAAGACAUGCGCAUGACGCGCUCGCAACACCAUACAGAGAUCCGAAGCACGUCGCCAUUUGGAUCCGAGGAGGAGAUCAUGACGUACAACGGCAUUGUCCGCACAACCAACGUCAACCUAACCUAUGAGUCCAAUACCAGCGUCGGGGACGACUCUAGGUCCUCGACUGAUUACAGGACCGGAGAAAAGCCCCAGAGCAAGGGGGCCAUGGUCUGA